AUGAAGGGACACUUUGUCAGGCAAGACAGGAUCGGAUUCAGCAGCAUUCUUCAGUCCAGGAUGUCCAAUACCUGGGGGUUUCUCCCCAAUGAGUUCCUGCAUCCACAAUACCUGUGGGCAAAAAAUUCAAAGAUCACCUUGGCCAUGUCCAAGAUAUGGGGGCUUUUGCCCUGGUUGUCUACAUCAUCUUGGGGGGGUGAAACUAGAAAGCAUGAUCCUUUGCUUGCUGUGGAGCUGGGGACUGAAGUGGAGCACUGGAAAAUUGAAUGGGAUCAUGUGGAUUCAAGCCCAUCCCCUCAUGCACCAAUUCUUCUUCACCACUACCUGACCAAGGCAUGCAUCUGUGAGGCCAAGGAAAAGGUCCCUGAUGAUGACCCCUCUCUGGACCCUCCAGAGCCUGGGAAUCAUAAUGGCUUUUUGGGUGAUGCACCAUUCAAUAUCUCAUGGUUGAUGCAGGACCAACUCACCUGCACUGUAACUCCGCAAAAUGGUGCCUAUCAUGGGGCAACCACACCUGACCAUACAACCCCAGAACCACCUUCCCUGACUUCCCCCACUUCCCUCAUCUUCCCAUCUUUACAUACCUCUCACAACUACAGCCUGCAUAUGAACCCACAGGAAAAAUCACAUGGGUCAAGUGAGUUUGAGGAGCUGAGGACAGGGUCUAGCACCCAGGCACCUGGAACAUUGCACACACCUAGCCCUGAGGCUGGGCUGUCCUUGAGUGAGGACCAAGCCCUGACAUUGACAUACUUCAAUCAACCUGAAGCCUUUGUCCAUGCCCUUGAGGGCGAAUUGGAUUCAAGUGGUGAGGAUCCUGAGGGAGGAUCUGCAGCACAGGUUUAUCAUGCCACACAUGUUCAACACUGCCAACAACUUGAUGGGCUAAGGAAAGCCUUUGAAGGAGUAACAUUUAUUCACAAGGGAGGGAAAGUAGAUGGCCCAAUUGAUUCCAGUAUCAUAACAGCAUGGAAUGCAUUUGAGCAGCACCUUCACUGA